UAUAAAAACCAAGUGGAAGUCAGGAGAGAGCUCUCACUGGUCUUGGAAUAUCAGUUGCUGGAGCGCCUGCAGACUGUACUAUCCUACCCAUCGCAACUUUGAGCCCACUUUGAGGUGUUAUAAAAAGGGCGUACUUCAGGAGUCGGAUUGAAAACCGCAAAAAUGAUGAGUAAUCGGUCAAGCAGCAGCAGUAGGCCUAUCGCCGCCUCCUCCUACUCCAGGAUGUUCAGCGCGGAGCGCCCCGCCGCGUCGCGCACCUCCUACUCCAGCCGCCAGUACUCCAGCCCGGCGGUGCAGCGCUCCACCGCCCGCUCGUCCUACAGCGUCUCCUCGGCGCCCCAGCAGGGCAUGUACGCCUCCAAGAAUGUCCGUCUGCGCAGCGCCCACAUGCCGCGUCUCUCAUCGGACGCCGUGGACUUCUCGCUGUCCGAGGCCAUCAACACGGAGUUCAAGACCAACAGGACCAACGAGAAGGCGCAGAUGCAGCACCUCAACGACCGCUUCGCAAGCUACAUCGACAAGGUGCGCUACCUGGAGCAGCAGAACAAGAUGCUGAGUACCGAGCUGGAGCAGCUCAAGGGCCAGGGCAAGUCCCGCAUCGGGGAUCUGUACGAGGACGAGAUGCGUGAGCUGCGCAAGCAGGUGGACCAGCUGACCAACGAGAAGUCGCAGGUGGAGGUGGACCGCGACAACUUGGGCGACGAUGUCGAACGCCUGCGACAAAAGCUACAGGAGGAGAUGCUGCAGAAGGAGGACGCAGAGCACAACCUCCAGACCUUUAGACAGGAUGUGGACAAUGCCUCUCUGGCCCGUCUAGACCUUGAGAGGAAGAUUGAGUCUCUUCAGGAGGAGAUCAUGUUCCUCAGGAAAAUCCAUGAAGAGGAGCUGGCCGACCUGCAGGCCCAGCUCCAGGACCAGCACGUCCAGAUCGAGAUGGACGUGGUCAAGCCCGACCUCACCGCCGCCCUGCGGGACGUCCGGCAGCAGUACGAGUCCCUGGCCACCAAGAACCUGCACGAGUCCGAGGAAUGGUACAAGUCUAAGUUUGCAGACCUCGCCGACCAGCAGCAACGCAACGGAGACUCCCUCCGGCUGGCCAAGACGGAGGCCAACGAGUACAGACGCCAGGUGCAGGCGCUCACCUGCGAGGUGGACUCCCUCAGAGGAACCAAUGAAUCCAUGGAACGCCAGAUGCGCGAGCUGGAGGACAACUUCGGAGCAGAGGCUGGCGGUUACCAGGACAACAUCGUCCAGCUGGAGGACGACAUCCGCAACAUGAAAGACGAGAUGGCCCGCCACCUCAGAGAGUACCAGGACCUGCUGAACGUCAAGAUGGCCCUGGACAUCGAGAUCGCCACCUACCGCAAGCUGCUGGAGGGAGAGGAGAGCAGGAUUACCACUCCAUUGCCCACCUUUUCUUCCCUUAAUAUGAGAGAAACCAUGAUGGAGAGCCGGCCUAUGGUAGACCACUCCAAGAGGGUCGUGAUUAAGACCAUCGAGACCCGAGAUGGACACGUAAUCAAUGAGUCAACCCAGCAACACGACGACCAGGAAUGAGAUUGACUCGACUGAACCACUUAGGAGAGAUGGGGGGAGACAGGAGAAAAAGCGGUGGAUACAAAGAAAUACAUUUGAAGCAUGAAGACUAACAAAAUGAUAAUGAUAUGCAGCAAACGGGGAUAUAUUGAUGUUGUGUUGGUGAAAGUUAAAAAUAAAAAGAACAUCUUAAAAAGUGCCUUUUAAAAGUGACACAUUUUAGGGGCAUUGGGUUGCUAGUAAGGUUGUUCUAGGCUAGGAAACAGUAGAAGAUAAGAUAGUCACUGAAUGUAGAGGAGGAGGAGGUAAUCCUGCGUUGAAUGAGCACAUUCUCUCCGGCGUUCUCUCUUGUAGCUUCUGUACCACAUUUACUCCACCAGCACAAAGCGCUAGCUAUUCAAAUGGCUUUCCACAAGAACCACACGUAUCUAUCUUUAAGUUCUUAUUCACUCUAGUAUAUAUGUUGCGAGGGGCGCAAUCAUUUGCAAUACAAAUCAGACCAGAGAAAAUGGCUUAUUUUCAAACCAUCUACAACACGUGUUUAAAAUCGGUGUGGUUGUUUUCGUUUUAAGGCUUCAAUGGAUCCACCACAUAUAAAGAGAUACGGUUCUGGACUGCAGCAAUAAUGCACUCAAAGCCAUGAUGAACAUGUCACUACUACUGUACCGUUCUGUAUGACGUCAAUAAAUACUUUCAGUGGAAUAUC